AUGUCCGAAUACCCAGCUCCAGAGGAUCGUCCAACACAACAUUGGCUUGCGACAGCCUUGCCUCCACGUCGCCUUCUUCCUUGGGAUGAGCAAUACCCCCUAUCUCAAUUCUUCGACUCCGAGCCCUCCGCACAAACUGUCAUCUCGAUGACUUCGACAUACGCUCCACAAGGACCACCAACAUGGGGAUCUCCAGGCCCUCAAGUAGCCGUCAUGGCAUUACCAAUGAACUAUAGCGUGAUUAAACCUCCAGCCAAACAAUUAUACCCCCGUGGCUGGGUUACAGUUCCUAUUCUACAGCUCAUUUUUGCCGUCACCAGUGCUGGCUUUACAGCAUUUCUCCUAUUUACAAGCCUACGUAUGAGAGUUAUUCUUAUGAUUUGCGCCUCCGGAAUAUCAAUAGGCAUCUCCAUCUGGCUCAUUUGUGCUCACUCUUGCGCACCACAGUCCCUCAAGCCCAUGGUAGCCCUUCCCCUCGACUUUUUAGUCCUGGUACUCUGGAUCGCGACUGUUGGGUGGAUGGUGCCCUCGGCGGUUAACCUCUCUACAGAAGGCUUCUUAGAAGCCUGUGCGGGCAUUGCUGCGGGAAUUGCUGGGAUAGAUUUUAUACUUUUUGCUGUGGGCAUGAUUGGCGAUAUUAUCGCUUUUCAUCGCGUACGAAGACUCGGUCAAUUCCAGCAAUACCCACCUCAGCAGCCGAAUAUGCAGCCAUAUAUGCAAUCGCGAACCCCUCACCCCGGACUCAGUUAUGAUCAACAUGCUACUACAACGACAGUUAGAAAGCCUGAAUUCGAAGUCCGAAGCCCUGUGAAUCCACUUCCGACGCAAAACGCGAUAGAAAACGCUGAACGGGAGUUUGAACAUGAACUUGACCCUCAGUCAAUGGCUGCCAGAGAAAUGGAUGGAAAUUCCAUGCCAAGUCUCAACGGGUUGACUUCUAAACCUGAGCUUGGUCCUCAGUCCGUCCAAACGAGAGAAUUAGCUGACCAAGACCGGCCAGCUGAGUUGUCUGAGACAAUUUCGCCAGCGUCACCAUUUCCGUUUCGUGGCAGCGCUAGUCAAUCGUUCGCGGAGCUUCCUACGCGACCGAAGUCUUGA